AUCACGUGACUGCAACUAUAUCAUAUCUCCCGCGUAAACGUCAACGAGAACUUGGACAAGAUAGCGACAAUGAAGUUGUACUCCCUAAUGACCACCGCCGUGCUCAUCGCGAGCACGAGCGCCUAUUAUGUGAAGAACCAGAAGUCAGAGACGUUCUCGCUGAACGUGACGCCGGUUGACGCAGGAACACAGGAGGAGUGUAAAACGUGCAUCACAUUCGCUGGCCAGACCAUCAACGAUCUGCUGCAGUUUGUCCUUCAGGAGGAGGUAGAUGUCUGCGGUGAUCUCUGCCAGAUCGUGGUGGACAAGACCGGAAAAGAGGCGCUCGGUGUCAUCUGCACCAUCCUCUGUGACGUCGUAGGCAUCAAGGAGUUCAUUAACGCUAUACAGAAGGCUGACCUUGAUCCGAUCUACUUUUGUGAACUAGUUCCGGCUUGUCCAAUCAACGACAACGGUGACGCUCACUUCACGUCCCUCGAGGUUAUGCCCAAGAAAGGACCACAAGGCGAGUUCGACAUUAGCUUCGAGUACGUUUCAAACAAUGGCACUGGUACCGGGAUGCUUGCAAUCUCCGUCGAUACCGUUGAUGGAAUCCCACUGGGAGACGACUUUUUGAAUUUUGCUCAGCCGGCGGGUACCUACGAUGGGACCAUCAAGUUGGACGCUAAGGAGAACCCUGAUUGUGACCCCACCCAGGGACCGUGUGAGACAUGGGAACCAGGCACAUACACCAUCCAUCUUAGUGUCUGUAACGGAGAGUGUGGAAGCAAUCACCCUCACAGCGCCAUCUACGACACAAAAACGACGACCUUUGAGAUCACCCAAAACUAGAGAGCUCCGGCCACUAUCGCAGGCUCUUAGCAUGAACAUUCUGAAGCGUUGUUCUGCAGUAUCACUUCAAGUAUAAUUUUGAUGAUUAAAAUUAAAAGUAA